AUGUCCAGGCAGAAGCGGCCACCGACGUCUGGGUAUGCACGCAUCGCGCAGGCGGAAGAGGAAGACUCUGGGAGCGACUUGGAAGAUGACCUGCACCAAGCCUCGCUUUCGGGCGUGCAGUAUGCCCCCUUACAGCCCCCGAGAACGUCGGGCAUGCGCAUGGGCGAGAGCUCGCUGCCCAGCUCGUCCAGCACACGACGUAUGCCCGCUGCUGGACGACGGCCACGAUCCAAUUCGGGCGUGGACAUGAAGGCCAUCAACGCGCGUUUCGAGCGAUGGGCCGAGGAGAUCGCACACAAGUUUAAGAUCAAGACGCAGCGCGACACGUCCGACGACGAGCAGCUCGAGAUCCACCACUCCGUCUUCCAGGCGCCCGAUGGGGUGCGUCCAGCCACGGCCGAGUCACUGGCCCACGACUACGACGGUGCCGCCACAGAGGGGCGCAUGACCAAGCUGGAGUUUGACGAUCUGGUGGAAAGCGUACGCACGGCAAUCGAGCUGGGCGUGCACCCCAAGCUCAUCACCCAGGGCAGCUCGGGCAGCUACUUUGCGCGCAACACACAGGGCAAGGUUGUUGGCGUCUUCAAGCCCAAGGACGAGGAGCCUUACGCAUCACGCAAUCCCAAAUGGACCAAGUGGAUCCAUCGCAAUCUGUUCCCCUUCUUCUUUGGUCGCGCCUGCUUGAUUCCCAAUCUCAGCUACAUCUCUGAAGCGGCCGCCUACGUCCUCGACACGCAGCUGCGCACAAACCUCGUCCCUUACACGGACAUUGUCUCCCUGUCUUCCAAGUCGUUCCACUACGACUUCUGGGACCGUCGCGCCUUCUACCGGAAGAAGAAGCCGUUUCCUGAAAAACCAGGCAGCUUCCAGGUCUUCCUUAAAGGCUUCAAGGACGCCAACAUAUUCUUAAAGGAGCAUCCAUGGCCCGAUCAACAUACCGCAGGCCUGCGCCCAAAGCGCAAGAAGAGGAGGACUUGGGCUGAGGAUUGCAGGCCAAGUGGCCCAGGAUCGGACAACGACGAGGAUGACGAACAGCCCAACUCCCCCGGCCAGCACACCAGACGGACGGAAUUCUGGACAGAGGCGCUCCAACAGUCGUUCAGAGAGCAACUUGAGAAACUGGUCAUCCUCGACUACAUUAUGCGCAACACCGACCGUGGUCUAGACAAUUGGAUGAUCAGGAUCGACCAGAAGACGCAGGAGACCACCAUCAUUUCCGAACCACCAAAGUUGAAUGAUGACGUUGGUGAUAUUGAUGACGAGGAACAUCAGCCGAGUGCUUACACUCGCAAGUCCAUGGAAGAAUCAGAUCCCUACGGGCGGCGAGAGCCCAUGACUGCGAACAGUCGGUCCAACACGCCCAUGCAACGCGGACCUGUUCCCACAGUUUCCAUUGGUGCCAUUGACAACAGUCUGUCGUGGCCGUGGAAGCACCCUGAUGCUUGGCGGAGCUACCCAUUCGGUUGGCUCUUCCUACCCGUCUCGCUCAUCGGUCAGCCCUUCUCAGAGGCCACCCGCCGCCACUUUCUUCCCCUUCUCACCUCGAAACAUUGGUGGAGCGAUACACAAAAAGCACUCCGACAGUGCUUCAGUCAAGAUUCCGACUUCAAAGAGCGCAUGUACGCAAAACAAAUGGCAGUCAUGAAGGGACAGGCCUGGAACGUGGUGGAAACGUUGAAGACACCAGAUCAUGGCCCUCUUGAACUCACAAGGAGAGCGCGCGUCGCUGUCUGGGAUGAUGUAGUGGAAAUCCCCAUCGCUGUGCCUCUGAAAGCGCCUUCGGCAGAGAUGCGAAGGAAACAGCCAGAGAGGCAUCACAGGCUGGACGAAGAGCAUGAAGAGAUGGAUAUCACGGCAAUCUCGACACCACCUCAAAACCCGCAGCCUGAUCUUCUCAUGAGCUCACCCCCGCUAGAAUCAGCGCAUGAGAAUCGGUUCAACCUCACCCGCGAUUCCUCUUCCCUAGACGUUCGGCGGGUCGAGGUUGACCCAAAAUCACCAGCCGCCGUCAAUGGCUCAUCUUGGGCCUCUCGUACCGUUCAAGCGCCCAAGAACGGCCGACCCACCCACCACUCGCGCACAAGUUAUGAUGGACCUCGGCGCAUCUUGCCAGAAAGCAGGCGACAACGAAGGUUGUCGUUGACGAACAGACGAGAUUUUGAUGAUUACGGACUUGACGAUGAAGGUGAUUUGGGCUAUGCAGCGAAUGAGGACAUGGAAGGAAAUCAAAAGAAAGUGAUUGUUGAGCGGCUAGAAAUGGUCAAGGGUAGGAAUCCGGUAUUUACUUGGUGUUAG